AUGCUUCUUCGAUCUCUACUUUUUAGAUCCGAGGCUGUACUCUCUCGGAGGUACCUAUCCGGUAGACCUGGUCCAAGUACUUCAAGACCAGGGAAUCUGACCAGACGUGAAGGGCAGAUCAAACCAAAUAAAAGUCAUGUUAGAGCUAAACUUGGUCACUUUAUCGAAACUGGGCAAGUACUUCGUAAAUCACCAAGUCAAUAUGAAUCCAAGAAUAGGUUUCAAAAAAAUCCCUUUGAUAUAAAUUAUACAAAUCAAAAGGCAUUAUUAGUGAUCCAAGCUAAUUUUGAAGGUAAACUUGAAGAUUCACAGGGGAAGAUGAUCAACACAAGGUAUUUGAAAGUAGCUGAUAUAAAUCCAAGCUCCCCUAAAAGUAAAGAAAUCUUUCAAGCAUUGUUGAAGGUUGGUAAAACCACCAAGAAACCAAUCAGUAAAAGACUUAUGAUGCUGUUGAUCGGAGUUCCCAUGAAUCUGUUGGAAGAUUCGUUUGUAGUGACGAAGGAAGUUCUCAAGAGAUUGGAACAAGAUAAUGACACAACCAGAGCUUUAUGGCUUGCCAAGGCAGCAAAGGGAGAAACUGCUGCGGUUGCCAUGAAUGCCAUCAUGCAGUUUUUGUUAGAAAAGGGUGACAUUCAAGCAGGAAUUAGAAAUUUCAAUGAUCGUAAAAAAUGGAGAAUUCCAUUAAAUAACCAAACAUACGUGAUUCUUUUCAAUGGAAUUGCCAAGGCAAGCUCAUGGGGUGGUGUGUCAAAUACGUUAGCCCAACAAGCUAGUGAUAUUUUCCAAAAAUUCAUGAAAUCAUCCCUUGAAGUGAAACCAAAGGAUGAAAAUGAUAUUGAUACUAGAGACGUUCUUAAAUGUUCUAUUGAACAUUUCAAUGCUUGUUUGGAUUUAUUAUCAAGAAAUUUUGAAGACGAACAAGCUCAUAUGUGGGCAUUCUUCGAUUUACUUAUUCCAGUAAAACCAGAAGCUGGUGCUCCGAAAUAUGAAUAUUUAUUUGCUAAUAUUCAAACUUACACUAUUCUUCUUAGUGGGAUUAAAAAAUAUUGUAAUAGUAAGGCUAAUGCGGUUAUAACCGAUAGAAAUAUGAAGAAAGAGGAAAAACUUGUACGUCUUCUUGACAUUGAUGCUAAAUUAGUUUCAAGUGCUGAAAUGAUUCUUGGGAAAGUUAUUAAAGAUGCCACUCCACCUAAACCACCAACUAAGGAGCAAGUAGAUGAAAAUCCGGAACUUUUAGUUCGCUAUAAAAGAGAAAUCAAAAAGCCAUUGUUGGAUAUUGAUACUACUUUUGUGGUUCGAUUUGUGUCCUGCUUUAUCAACAGUGCAUCAGGAACUGGUGUAAACACUUCCCUGGGUAGUCAUUAUCGAUAUGUUGAACAGGGUAUGAAUUAUCUUAGUGUUUGGUGCCCAGAUGUAGAACCAUUGUUGAAAUAUGUACUCGACGGGAAACAUUAUUCUGAAGAUGCUGGAUAUACUAAGAUACGUCCAAAUAGAUUGUUGGUUCGUUUGACAGAUGAAAGAGUGAAAAUGGCCGAAGAAUAUGAACAAAAUAAACCAAUAAAGAAGAGUACAUUAUUAACUGAAGCGCCAAACUUCAAAGAAUUGCUCCCAUCAACUGUACUUCCAGACCCAGUUGAUAUAAAUAAAGUCAAUCCUAAGGUUGUAUUCCCACCACCACUUCUGUCCAAAAACAAAACAAGGGCAUUAUAUAGUAACAAGGAGAAGAAUUUGGUUGAUUUAACUCGUUAUUCAAGCGCUGCUCUUCGUGCUGUUAUCGAGGAUAAGAAGUAUCAAAAGAGUAGAGGUAAAUAUGGGAAGAAGUUAUCGAAAUCUAUGCAAAGCAACAUGAAGGGAGGUGAACCAAUUAAUAGAUUUGUGAUAGGAUUAGUGAUUGAAGGCCUUCUUUCUUUGGGAUUAUUCGAAGAAUUCUAUCUUGCCAUGUGGUAUUGUCUUUGCAAAUGGGGUGGAAUUAAAGUUGAUUUAAAUAAAAUUAAAGAGCAAAGAAUUAAGAAUGGUGGAUUACAAAAUGGUUUACUUUCACAAGACGAUUUCUGUAAAAUAUUAGAUGAGAAUGAUUCUAAACAAAGAUAUCAUGCUCCUCACAAUGAUGCAGUAAUUGAUACCUUGAUGAUCGAGAACUUCUUAUACAAAAUUAGUGAAGAGGCAAAGAAAACAUCCCCCAGUGUUUUAUCAGUGGAAUUACUCACUGCGUUAAUUAGCCCUAAAUUAAAUGUGGAGAAAACUUUACAACCAAGAGAUAAGUCUAUUGGAUAUUUGUUUUCGAUUUUAACGAAUGAACUUUAUCACUAUAAAGAUUCGAAUUUUAAUGCUAGUCGUAAGGCUACAAGUUCUGGUGCCACACCUCGUAGGGCGCUUACUGAAGAACAAUUGGAAACAUUAACAACCACAAUUAUAAAGUUAAUGGAUACAUUGGCAGUGCAAAAUAAAUUACAAAACCGUGGCCACCCAGAAAUUAUUGUCAAUGAAAUACAUAUUGAUUCAUACGUAAGAUUUGUGGAAAAAGUUCAAGAAUUUGUAUGGCCGCAGGACGUUUCAUUCAAGUUGAAGACACACCUUCGAAUCUUCAGGUCCGGUGUUCUUAUGUACAUGCCACCACAUAUGAUUGAUAAGCGAAAAAUAGGAUUAGUGCAUACCAAUAGAGUUAUCAGGCCAUCAAUGGAGUUUUUAAUUGAAACCAUGUCCAAGAGAGAUGAUCUCACACCUAUGGAAGCAAAACUUUUCAAAUGGACCAAAGUACUUUCUAAAUAUCAAGGUGAUUCGCAUGAAAAGCUCAAGGGAAUAAUUCAAAAGGUUAUUAAAUUAUCUGAAGAUGUCUUAGAUGGUAAAGAGGUGGAUGAAAAAGUUGACGAAAAAGUUGGAGAAAAUAAAUCAGAAGAAGAGAAGCUUGUGAAGGAGCCAGAAGUAAAAUCCCCACAAUUGCACGUGGAAAAGAGUUCAAACGAAUCAGGUAGUGAAAUUGGAAAAGAAACAAUUGCUCCAGAAGCUAGUAGAGCCUAA